AACUCGAAAAAAAUCAAAUAAACUACAAUUUCGCCAGCUAAGAAGAAUAUUUCAAAAUUAAAAAAGAAUUUAAUUUAGCACGACAAAAUUAUUUUGAAAAUAUAAAAAAAACUCAAAAAGGAAAUAAUUGAAAAUAGCCAAAUAGUUAGAUAUAAUAUUUUAAAGAUAAACAUUAGCUGGAAUUUCAUCAGAUUAAACCAAUUGACAUAAGCCUAAAGCGUUCACAAAUCGAGUUACCAUAUCGAAUAAAAUGCGUUCCUUACCGAUGUUUUGGCGAAUGGCCGAGGAGAUGGCCCGUGUGCCACGCCUCUCGUCGCCCUUCCACGCCUUCUUCCACGAGCCGCCCGUUUGGAGUGUGGCGCUUCCGAGGAACUGGCAGCAGAUUGUCCGCUGGCAGGAGCAGGAGUUCGCACCGCCGGCCACCGUUAACAAGGAUGGCUACAAACUCACCCUGGACGUCAAGGACUAUAGCGAGCUGAAGGUCAAGGUGCUGGACGAGAGCGUUGUCCUGGUGGAGGGCAAAUCGGAGCAGCAGGAGGCCGAACUAGGUGGCUAUAGCUCCAGGCACUUCCUCCGACGCUUCGUCCUGCCGGAAGGAUACGAGGCGGACAAGGUGACUUCGACUCUGAGCAGCGACGGCGUCCUCACCAUCAGUGUGCCCAAUCCUCCAGCCGUGCAGGAGACACUCAAGGAGCGAGAGGUGACCAUCGAGCAGACUGGCGAGCCGGCAAAGAAGUCCGCCGAGGAGCCCAACAACAAAGCCAGUCAGUAGGGUACUAGUAGUAGUACUAGUACUAGUGAACCCCUAUGUUUAGAUAUUCCAACUCCUUUUAAAUUGAAGUGCUUGUUAAAUUAACAAGCUCAUUUUAAAACCAUUGUGAUUUGGUAUUCCGCAUGCCUAACAGUGUUAUGUAGAAGAAAAUAAAUAUUUAAAAAAAUUAAAAUAACA